GGGUCGGUUCCACCCGGACUGGGUUGGUUACCCGAGCUCCGUGGGCCCGGCCGAGCCUCCGCCGCUGGUGGGGGGUGUGCGGUCCUGCCGCGGCCCGGCCGAGCCUCCGCCGCUGGUGGGGGGUGUGCGGUCCUGCCGCGGCCCGGCCCUGCGGGGACAGGGAGGACUCUGCGAUGGCGGGCCUUGCCUGAGGGCUGCGAGGCGCUCCCGGGGGGCCGGGGGUGGCGCCCCGAGGGCCUGGGGUGCCCGCAGCUGUCAGAGGAGAAAUCCCCCCCGUACCGCGCCGUGUGUGUGGCCGGUUCUCGGUUAAAAUAAGCGAGCUCUGUAAAAAGCUAGAAAUAAACGCAUGCUUGUGGAGCACGCGUGCGUAAUUUUAGGUGGUGUUUCGUUUGUUUUGUUAACUCUGCUAAAGCGGGUGCAGUGUAACAACUCGUGCAGAUGCAGGGCCCGGGGUGCCUGGGCAGCGGGUGGGAGACGCUCCGCAAGGGGAGGCUUGUGCUUCAUCAUUCAGCUUCUGCUUAGUGCUGCCGAGGCUUCUGUGCAGCCCUGUCCUGGGGCAGCGCUCUGGUUUCUCUCUUCUGAGCCCAAGACGCUUAUUUAUGGAGACCUUCCAUCUGUGGGCUCCUCCAGUGACUGCGGGGGACAGCUGCUGCCCUUUGCCCCUUGCAGGAAGACUCCACGAUUUAAUGAAAUGGCUCAAGAAGAGAUGGAAAUUGAUCUCCAACCAGUGGCUGGUUACUCUGUAGAGAACCUUGGGACGCUUCCCACAGAGCUCUCUGUUCAUGCUGCUCCAGUGCUCAGUGAAGGAGGAGGCAGCAUUACAGUUCUUCCUGCUGAUGAUGCUGUUGUCACACCAAACGCUGGUGCAACAAGGGAAGCAGCUGCUGAACCUGGCCUGCAGUCAGGUCCUGCCUCGGUUCUCAAUGGGCUGCAAAGGCUACAAGGGGCGUUUGAUCCACAUCAACCAUUGCCACAGGCCACGCAGCGUCCACGAGUACGUCGAGCUCGUACGCAACAGAGAAUUGGUGGCUCCCAGAGGACAAUCAGUGCCAGGGCAGCAUUGGACAGUUACUUUCAAGUCAGCAGGAGCCGAGAGCCAGCUGCUGCACCAGUUCCGCGUCUGGAGCCCUCACAUAGUGCAAGGGAUAACCAGGAACACAGCUCAGAUGAAACAAUAGAAGUGAGCGACUCUGACAGCAGCUCCUCUGCUGAGGAGGAGGAGGAGGCAGCGGUAGAGGCUACGGCACCACUGCUACCGUCAUCCCAGGAGACACCUCCAGCAGCUAGUUCAGGAGUUUCCAGUCAGAUUCAAGCGGAGCCACCUCCAGCUUCUGCAGAACAUGGCAGUCAGGAAGAAGAGGAGGCUAAAGUCCAGCAAAAGAAGAGAACUCCACUAAGGAACCCAGAGACAUCAGUUCCUGUUGCUCUGCUGGAUGAGGAGGAAGGGGAUACCUGCACCAUCUGCUUUGAGCAGUGGACCAAUGCCGGGGACCAUCGUCUCUCAGCAUUGCGAUGUGGACACCUGUUUGGUUACACGUGCAUUGAAAGGUGGCUCAAGGGACAGGCAGGGAAGUGCCCCCAGUGCAACAAGAAAGCAAAACGUUCUGAUAUUGUGAUCCUGUAUGCUCGCACUUUGAAAGCGCUGGAUACCAGUGAACAGGAGCGCAUGAAAAGCUCUUUAGAAAAGGAGAAAAUGUUGCGGAGACAGGCAGAGCUGGAAUCUGCACAGAGCCGUCUCCAGCUGCAGGUUUUGACAGACGAAUGCAGCAAACUCCGCAAGCAAGUUCAGGAGCUGAAGGAUCUGGUGGCCCAGCACAACACAAGUGCUUCUCAGCAACCUGGCAGCUCUCGCACCUGUCCCCCAGGCAGCCUCCCCUCCAGCCAAAGCCAACGCAAGUACCACUUGGAGAAGGUUUUUGUAGUGUCUCCGACUGGGAACUGCAGAGUAAUGGCAUACUGUGACUCACUGAGUUGUCUCGUGGUAUCACAGCCUUCUCCACAAUCUACUUUUAUUCCUGGUUGUGGUGUUAAGAUGAUGAGCGUGGCCAACCUGAAGAGCAGUCAGUACAUCCCCAUCCAUAGCAAACAGAUUCGGGGACUGGCUUUUGGCAGCCGAGCAGAUGGCUUGCUGCUCUCUGCUGCUCUGGACAACACUCUCAAACUCACCAGCUUAGCAACAAAUACUGUGGUGCAGACGUACAAUGCUGGCCGUCCUGUCUGGAGCUGCUGUUGGUGUCUUGACGAUACAAACUACAUCUAUGCUGGAUUGGUCAAUGGCUCUAUCAUGAUAUACGAUUUGAGAGACACGAACUCUCACGUCCAAGAACUAGUCCCUCAGAAGUCCAGGUGCCCCAUGGUGUCGCUGUCCUAUCUGCCCCGGAUGGCUUCAGCGUCACUGCCCUAUGGUGGAAUAUUAGCUGGGACCUUAGAAGGCGCCUGCUUUUGGGAACAGAAAGCUGGCAACUCCUACCGGCCUCAUCACCUGCCACUGGAACCUGGAGGAUGCAUUGACAUUCAGACAGAGAUCAACACUCGGCACUGCCUUGCAACAUACAGGCCUAGUAAAAAUAAUCCGUGUGUGCGUUGUGUGAUGAUGGAACUGACUUGCAGCCCACUGACAGAGGCCUCUGAAGAUGUGGUGUGUUCUUCUAACCCGGUUCAGACCUUCAGUGCUGGGCCCACCUGCAAGUUGCUGACCAAGAAUGCCAUUUUUCAGAGCCCGGAGGACGAUGGCAGUGUCUUUGUGUGUGCUGGUGAUGAGGCAUCCAACUCUGCCCUGCUCUGGGAUGCUGGAAGUGGCUCCUUGCUGCAGAAGCUGCAGGCCGACCUGCCUGUGCUGGAUAUCUGCCCUUUAGAAGUGAACCAAACCCACCUCCUGGCGACUCUGACGGAGAAGAUGGUGAAGAUCUACAAGUGGCAGUGAAGAGUGGUCCCUGUGCCUGCCACAGAGAGACUUUCCAAAGAUGCUGCUGAUUAACCCUGUACAACUGCUCAGUCCCAGGCUCUGCUGUCUUGCACAUGCUGCUCCCAGGAGGUGGGAACCACUCCAGCACCUUCCUGGAACUAUCCGGAGCUGGGAUGUGCUGGUGCCUGGAGCAAUUCCCUUCUUUCUCCAUCUUCCUUUAUUAGGUCUGCCCUUUAUUUCUUCUUUGGUCAGUUUUCUUCAGUCAAACUCCACAAGCUGCCUCAGCACAGCAAUAAUUCUUGGACUGUCUCCAGCAUGUGUUGCUGCACUUUUUUUUCCAGUGUGAAUACAGCACCGGGACUUGCAAAUCUCUUCUAUGAAUCAACAAAAUUAGAGGAACUUGAAGACCUAAGACUCCCACUGCACUUUCUCCUGGAGUCCUGCUGUGAUUGGUGGAUGAUGAAAAGGUGGCAAUGCUGGCAUGGUUGAUACUCAGUCUAAAAGCAAGUUCACUGCUUUAGGGAACAUACUCCUGUGUUCUUUGGAAGGUCUAAGGUCAGUUGGCAGUUAUUCCCUGAUGAGAACAAACCCUGUUUUGUGGCCAUGGAGAGAACAGGCUUGGAAAAUCUACAGAGAACUUUUAUAUUUUUUUCCACGAGCAUAUACUUUGCACUGUAAUUCCUUAAUUCUCUGUCCCCAUUUCCUUCCCGUUCUCCCUUCCCUGCUUUACCCACAAGCAAACUUGGACAGUUGGUUGUGGAAAAUGAAACUCUAGUACUGGAGAAGUACAGGUAAAGAGGGUGGAGAUGAUUCUUGUCCUUUUUGCUGCUGCAAUCCAUGGUGUCCUUUAAAGACAGCAAUGGACUGAAACAGCCAGUACCUUGGUAAAGAACACUGGCUGCUUUUGUGGGUUGGGGUUUUGUUUUGGUUUUGUUUCCCCCCAACACCUUUGAGGAGCUGAUGGAAGCUCGGGGAUUUCAUCAGCGUGCUUUCACUGACCUUUUGCCUUCCUUGAGUCAUAGUUGCCAGCUCACCGGCCAGUCACGGCUCACUUCCAGUUGUAUUUGUGUGGAAGCAUGCUGCAGGCUUGCUGGUGUAUGUCAGUCUGAGCCCCUGGGGUGGGAUCACAGCUCGGGGGAUGUGCGCUGGCCUGGUGGGCGCUGAGCACCCUUACCAUAAAAAUGCUAAGGGGUGCGAGAACGUUUAUCUCCAGGUCAGAUCAUUAAACAGGACUUCGAUUUCAUUUUAUGUUUAAUGAAAGCAAACUUGCAAGGAUGUUGGAAGCUGCAAGAUCAGUUCCCUGGGCUGGAAAAGCAUCCCUCGGCUCACCUCUGGCUGUGGAACGCAACUUCUGUCUUGUAGGGAUUCAGAGUGCCACCUCUUAAACUGCCAGAACAAUUUUAUUUUCUGAAGUCUGGGGCUUGCACAGUAUGAUCAUGUUUGUUUUACCUCUUAAAUGAGAUUGCGAAGAUCUCUUCUUAAGUUUCUAUAUUUCUGUAUAGUAUUUUGUUGCUAUAUUUUUAUAUACUGUAAAAAAUAAAGCGUUUAUAGUUACCAAA